GAAAUGCUUGUAUGUUUUCUGUUGGUAAUACUAAUUUCGAGGCUCGAGGCCUAUUCGAACAAUUUGUUUACAGUAGCUACAACACCGAGCCUUCGGAAAUUAGUAACAGCUUGUAGAGACUACAGCGAUAUUAACAAGACAGUCGGACCUACAGCUAAGGUGGAUGAAGAUGUCGUUGAAGAUCCUUACGAAGUCUUAGAAAUGGACCUUAAUAGAUUCCUUUUUGGGAAAGAAGACAGCGAUGAUGACGAUUGGUCGCACAAGUUACGGACGAAGCAUGAGAAGCAACUGCUGAUGCAGAACGUCAUGGGAAACGCUAUGAGAGCAGAGCUAUACAACGGCAGAAGCGCUGUUCACCUGAUAUCACCUGAGUUUAUUCACAAGGGGUACUGUCUGCUCAACGUGACGAAGGACCACAUGCAGACCGCUAUAAAUGCAUUCGCCAUCUUCCUGUAUUGUCACACGGAGGACAUCGAGCGUCUACCAGCUGAUUAUGUGUUGAGAUCUUCCCGCUCAAUAUCCAUGAUGAGGAUCGAAAGAGAUAAGUUAGCGGCGACGUGGAAUGUAGUUAUGAAAGAGUACGAGAGUCCCAUGCAUAUACCGCACCAGACCCUGGAGAAGUACAGGCCCCUGUUCAAGUACCUGUCUGGCCAUGAGAUCGCCCAGCUGAACCUCUCUGAUGAUCGCAUAUUGCGCUUUAUAGGAACACAUCCUGAUCUUAAUCGUCAUCAGGUCGGUGUAGUGGCCAGCAAGUAUAUGAAAAUUAACAAGAAUUGGGGUAAAGAGAAUUUCCUGAACAAACUGAACAAUCUGCUCUGCGGGAUUCCCAUCUCGUUGGUUCGGCAUGCUACUUACGAUAGCUACUUUACCCUGGCGCAUCAGGUGUUCUACCACAUUAGAGCCUGUGACCACGUACAGCGGACAUUUUACCUGACGAAGAUGACGAAGGCGCUGGCGCUUGGAAAAUCUUUCGGAUGGAACGCCCAAGAUGUUUCCAGACUUGGCUUGCUGCUUUCGGAAGUGGAGGGUUCUCAACUAGCAGCUAUCAAGCCGGAAGCCAUGGCUGGUAUAGCACCACAGAUAAUGCAGAUCAUACCAGCUGCAAGACUAGAGUCCUUCACAGAGGAGCAGAUGAAGCAUCUCAGUCACAAAUCCCUGUACAUUCUCUUGAAGCGGCGGAAGAAAUACAGAGAACAGUCCGUUUUCGAUGGUAGUGACAGACAAACAUACAAGAUGGGGGUAUCGAGGCAGGUCAACGCUCGCCACACCCUGUGA